UUUUUUUCAACCUUCUUUCACCCUCUACACUCUACCGAGUACUCGUACACUACGAGGCAUUACUCUACACUACUUGGGAAAGAGUAGAUAUACAGGAAUCCACUCACUACGGGCUGCUAAUUCCCUCUUCCCCCGUACUCGGACCCCUCCAUCCCUCAUCUCUCUGACUCUGACUCUGAGAUCUUUUUGAUCUACUCUUCUCUGCUUUCGUUCGUGAACCAGUCAACCAACUAAAACUCCGCCCCUCCACGCCCCCACCAGUGGACCGGCGCCAUCCACCCAUCCGCCCAUUCAUCUAUCCUCGAAUUGAUUCAAAUACCCUCUCCGCCGUCCGCCUUCCCAAUUGCCCGUCUCUUUUUCUCUUCUUUCCUCUCUUAACCCGCAACCAUGUCGGUUACGGCCAUCCUCGGCGCCCAAUGGGGUGACGAAGGCAAAGGAAAACUUGCCGACAUCCUCGCACACGACUCCCAGAUCUGCUGCCGCGCACAAGGUGGUAACAAUGCUGGCCAUACCAUCGUCGCCAACGGCAUCACCUACGAUUUCCACAUCCUGCCCUCCGGCCUCGUCAACCCCGGUUGCAUAAACGUCAUCGGAAGCGGUUGCGUCGUACACAUCCCCUCCUUCUUCAAGGAGCUCGCCGCCCUGGAGAAGCAUGGCCUCGACACCAAAGGUCGCAUCUUCAUUUCCGACAGGGCGCACGUCGUCUUCGACGUCCACCAGCUCGCCGACGGCUUGGAGGAAGUUGAAUUGGGCGAGGGAUUCAUUGGUACCACCAGGAAGGGCAUUGGCCCAACCUACAGCUCAAAAAUGACCCGAAGCGGUCUCCGCGUCUGCGAUCUCUUCGAUGAGGCAAUUUUCGAGACGAAAUACAGGAGGCUCGCGAACGGGUACAAGAAGCGCUUCGGCGAUCUCCUGAAGCAUGAUCCUGAAGAGGAACUCGCAAAGUUCAAGGAAUACCGCGUCCAGCUCCAAGAAUACGUCGUGGACCAGAUCCCUCUGCUUGCAUCCGCCAAGGAAAAGAACGCAAAGAUCCUCGUCGAGGGCGCAAACGCCUUGAUGCUGGACAUCGACUACGGAACAUAUCCAUUCGUCACAUCGUCCAACACCGGUCUCGGCGGUGCCCUCACUGGACUUACGCUUGGAUGGCGCUCCCUCAAGGAGGUCAUUGGUGUUGUCAAAGCAUACACCACUCGUGUCGGAUCCGGCCCCUUUCCUACCGAACAACUCAACGAAGUCGGCGAGAGGCUUCAAAAGAUCGGCGGCGAGGUGGGCGUGACCACUGGCCGCAAGCGCAGGUGCGGCUGGCUCGACCUCGUGGUGCUCAAGCACUCGCACGCUUGCAACGACUACACGGCCUUGAACCUCACUAAGCUCGACGUCCUGGACGACUUCGACGAGCUCAAGAUCGCGACCUCAUACUCGGUCAACGGCCAGCAGAUCGAGGGCUUCCCCGCCAACCCGGAGACCCUCGCCAACGUCGAGGUCAACUACGAGACCCUCCCCGGCUGGAAGAAACCCACCACCGGCGCAAAGAGCUACUACGACCUCCCCGCCCCCGCGAGGAAAUACAUCGAGUUCAUCGAGCAGUUCGUCGGCGUCAAGGUCAAGUGGAUCGGCGUCGGUCCCGCCAGAGAGCACAUGGUUUCCCGGUAACAAUAGACGAUACAAGUAAGGGGAUGGGAAGAGGGCAACCAUGGUUUGUGUGAGUGGGAAAGGUGAGGUUUUUAUUCCGCGCGCGCAAACAAACAAAAUACCCGGAGGUCAUCGAAUGAUAUCUUUUGGACAAAGGAAUCGUAAUGGUCCGUGGGAAAAGCCCGGUAGGUUUCGUUCUACGCGUCUCACAUAUGACUCCUCGAUGAAAUGCGCCCUUUUCUUUCCGUAGCAGUACUUUUCUAUACAUAUAGGGGAACAACCACGUACAAACAAAAGAAAAGGAUAGACUAGAAAAAUCAUUCAAAUUCCCUAGACAAUGAAUGUCAUUAUAUUUCUUGAA